GCUACUGCUAAGCUAAAGUAAUGGUAGACAUUUGUGUCGUAGGUCGUUGUUCGGGUGUUUAUCUCCAGAGAAAUAGUCCUGGCCCGUGCGGAAGGCCUCCUUACAGUUUUCUCGUAUGUGUCUGGGAUGUAUGGAUGGAUAGUUGACGGAAUCUCGUCGCUGUUUGAGCCCGUUGCGGGGCAAAAAUCCACAGAGUGGUCCGGUGAAGGAAACUGUGGCGAGGAGGGAUUCACGCGACCUGGCGUGAAAGCCUCAGCUCGACGGCAGGAGCAGAACCACAGCAGACCGGUCAAACGGAACUACCAGAGUGUGCAUGUUGCAGAUGUUUGUCAGAGUGACCCAAUUGAGGCCAAAAGACGUAGGCGAGAUGUAGCAAUCAGCUUUGUGAAGAAGACAGUAAAUGGAUUAGCUGGUCUGCUAAGGCUGCAGAAACGGCUGCCAACUAGAUGUGAGAAUGCGAGUCAGCAUGAGACGACACAGCCUGUCACUCUAAUGGGCAUCGAUGAGAUUCACACUUCAUGGCUAAACCAUACUGACUGGAGAAUGGAUAAACCUGCAGGUGGAGUAAACGACAGGAGUGGGAAGAAUCACUUUCAGAGCUCCUUGCCUCCUUUAAUGAGGAAAUGCAGUGGGACAGUGUUACCUGCAGGACUCCCAGAUAAAGGAAAGGACAGGGAGAGGAGAGGCUCCCUCCAGCUGCUGCCUUCAAGGCCUACUCUCAGAGGGGGAACUGCUAAUUCUGAACCAACAUGCAAUGGCUUUGGACACAACCGCUGUUACAAGCCCAGUCUUACUGUGGAAGAGGCCAUAAAGCAGAACAAUAAGGAGCAUUACAGGCGCCUGCUGGAGAUGGUGACGGAGCGAUACAGCAGAAGCCAACCACUACCUUUCAACCAAACUAAACCCCAAAAUGUAUCACUGUCACAAGCUGCUUACAAAACUACUGCGUCAGAAAAACACUUUGAUGCAGUAUCCAGGAGAGUGGGAUGCACAGCUGCUCCAGCUGUGUUUACAUACCGAAACGCAUCUGCAACAAAGGACAGGUGGGGUGGCAUGACUGUUAGUACACCAUUCAGUGGCUCCUUUGAAGCCACACAAUCUGCUAGAUGUACAAAGAAACAGGCAGCAGAGGUGGACCUUUCUACAGAGGUAGCUACUCGUCUUAAUUUAGUGGACAGAGACACUUCUGCCCYCAGCCCGACUGAAACACAGCCUGCGUUUCUAACACACACAAGGCACAUCGAUGAGGACGUACCGAGGCUGACUAAAGUGAGAAUAAAUGACAUGGCAGCAGAGAUAAGUGAAGCUCUGGGUCAAAGUGACCCCAACCUUGUUUUAAGUGCAGCUUUCAAACUUCGCAUCACACAGAGAGACCUGGCAACGCUACAGGAAGGUGGAUGGCUCAACGACGAGGUAAUGAACUUCUACUUUUCCCUGAUCAUGGAGCGGAGCUCUACAGAAGCGGGACCGCUAAAGGUGUACUCCUUCAGCACCUUCUUUUUCCCAAAGCUGCGAGGAGGAGGAGGACAGGCUGGAGGGCAUGCAGCUGUGAAACGCUGGACUAAAGCUGUUGACCUUUUCCUCUUUGAUUUAAUUCUGGUGCCGCUGCAUCUCGGAAUCCACUGGGCAAUGGCCGCGAUAGAUUUGAAAUCUAAGACGGUGAGAUCUUAUGAUUCGAUGGGCCGAAGACAUGAUGACAUCUGUGGACUUUUGCUAAACUACCUUAAAGAGGAGCACAGAGCAAGAAAAGGCAGAGAGCUUGACGGCACCAAAUGGACUGUUGGGAGCUUGAAGGCUUCUGAAAUUCCUCAACAGAAAAAUGGGAGUGACUGCGGUGUUUUUGCCUGUAAAUACGCUGAUUGUAUAGCAAGAGGAAAGUCUCUCACUUUUCAACAGUGCCACAUGCCUCGCUUCAGGAAGUUAAUGAUGUGGGAAAUCCUCAACCAGAAGCUGCUAUAGUGCAGUGAAACACAGUGAGGACACGUUGAUUUYACUAAGAGUGACCGGGCCAAAGACGUGGACUUUCUAACUGCAAUCUUCCUCUGACUUGGAGAAAUAAAACACUAGUCUUAACUUUGUCUCUUUUCUUCUUGGAGACGUAUUUAAAAUUUAAAAAAUACAGUACAAUCUUAACCUCUGAGUUUUAAUUGGAGACGAUGCUGCGUUUGAAGAAGUGUGUUACACCAACCUUGGCACAAGUGAGUGCGUGGCUUCUUUUGACAGGAUUAUAAUUUUCAGUUUAUUGUACAGCUUGAAGUGCCUUUAGCUCUUUUACUGACCUCAGCUUGUUUUUUUGUUGUUUUUUUGCAAAUCUGCCUUUUUUUAUGAGGAGCUUUGACAAGUAAUUAUUUACUUGCAGUUCAGUAAAACUGAUUAAUUUUUGGUAAAUUUUUAAUUGAAAGAUGACAGAAAUUCUGCAUUUUACAGAAACAAAGUGAAAGAGUUUGUGUUUGCUGUAAAAAAAAAGUGUUAAUAUCAUUAUUUAUGAUUUGACUGAUGUUUUGGGAAUGUGUGCUUAUGUGAGGCUAUUCCUCGAUGAGUGAAGUGUAAUUUGUUUGUUUACCCGCUCUCAUCAAGUGCUGGGAGAUCUAUGAACAUUUUUAAUUAGCAUACUGCAGACGCUCUGUAGGACAGGUACAAAUACUCAGUUUAAUGUACUCCAUAUUGAACUACUGCACAUGCAUGCAUGUUUGUACCCAAACUGUACAAAUGUGAUUGUAAUAAACUGUAGUAAAUAUG